AGAGGCGAGCCUCAAGAUCCUGGCUCUUGGCUUUGUUCUACAUCGUGGCUCGUACCUUCGUAACAUCUGGAACAUCAUGGAUUUUUUCGUCGUGGUGACCGGGUUCAUCACGGUGUUCCCACAAGGCAUUAGCCUGGACAUGGAUCUGCGCACGUUGCGUGCUAUACGCGUGUUGCGACCGCUCAAACUUGUCUCCGGCAUACCGAGUCUUCAGGUGGUGCUCAAGUCUAUUAUCAAGGCGAUGGCACCUUUGCUACAGAUCGGUUUGUUGGUGCUGUUUGCCAUCGUGAUAUUCGCCAUUAUCGGUCUCGAGUUUUAUUCGGGAACACUGCACAAAACGUGCUACAGUAUAGAAGAUAUCAGUCAAAUAGUGAAAGAGGGCGAUGUGCCGAGUCCGUGCAACACAGAUCACAAACAUGAGGCACCGAUGGGUUCCCACGUAUGCAAUCCCAACAAAUCGGUAUGCCUGGAUCAGUGGGAGGGACCAAACAGUGGAAUAACCAGCUUCGACAACAUCGGCUUCGCCAUGCUCACCGUCUUCCAGUGUAUCACAAUGGAGGGCUGGACUGCCAUAUUGUACUGGACGAACGACGCUCUUGGCAGCUACUUCAACUGGAUAUACUUUAUACCAUUGAUCGUCCUUGGGUCCUUCUUCAUGCUGAAUCUAGUUCUCGGUGUUCUCAGCGGAGAGUUUGCGAAGGAGAGAGAGAAAGUGGAGAAACGACAGGAAUUCCAGAAGAAUCGUAGACAAGCACAACUCGAAAGAGAACUCAAUGGUUACGUCGAGUGGAUAUGUAAAGCAGAGGAAGUUAUUCUGGCCGAGGAGAGGACGACGGAGGAGGAAAAAAAGCACAUAAUAGACGCGAGAAAAAGAGCCGAGAAGGCGAGAAAAAAGAAAGCAAAAAGUGAAGAGAAGAAGAAAAAAAAGCAAAAGUUAAAAAAUGUCGGAAAGAGUAAAAGCACUGACACUGAGGAAGAGGAUGAGGAUGAUCCGGGCGAUGAGCCUAAGAAAAAACUGAAAGGGUUCUCAUCAUCUUCAUACCCGGGUCGAAAAGGAAAAGAAGAGGGUGGAUGUAACGAUUUUUGGAAACUGGAGAAGGCAAUUAGAGUGGGGCUACGAAAGCAAAUUAAAACCCAAGCGUUUUACUGGUUCGUCAUCGUUCUUGUGUUCUUGAAUACACUCUGCGUUGCCGUUGAACACUACGACCAACCAGAGUGGCUUAGUGAUUUUCUCUAUUACACCGAGUUUAUAUUUCUGGGGCUGUUCAUGUGCGAAAUGUUCAUUAAAAUGUAUGCCCUGGGGCCACGCAAAUACUUCAGUUCGAGUUUCAAUAGAUUCGAUUGUGUCGUUAUUCUGGGCUCGAUAUUCGAGGUGAUAUGGUCAGCAGUUAAAUCCGGCUCAUUCGGUCUAUCCGUCCUGCGUGCCCUGCGUUUACUGAGAAUAUUCAAAGUGACAAAAUAUUGGGCGAGCCUGAGCAAUCUCGUUAAAUCACUAUUAAACUCAAUGCGCAGCAUCAUUUCACUUUUGUUCCUUCUCUUCCUCUUCAUACUCAUAUUCGCUCUACUUGGUAUGCAACUCUUCGGUGGACAAUUCAACUUUCCAUCGGGCACACCACCAACUAACUUCAAUACCUUUCCCAUUGCGCUACUAACUGUCUUCCAAAUCCUAACCGGUGAGGACUGGAACGAGGUGAUGUAUCAAGGAAUCGAGUCGCAGGGUGGACACAAAGGCGGUGGAAUGAUAUAUUCAUCGUACUUUAUUAUUCUGGUACUGUUUGGUAACUAUACGCUGCUAAACGUCUUCUUGGCUAUCGCUGUUGAUAAUUUAGCGAAUGCCCAAGAAAUGACAGCCGCUGAGGAAGAUGAAGAGGAGGAGGAGAAGGAGAAACAGCAGCAAGAAAUUAAUAGAGAAUUAGAGACGUUACGUAUGCCAGGUGCAGCACCUAAAGUUGAGAUAUCACCGCCAAGUCCUUCAACAAAUUUAGGUAAAGGGGAAAAACAGGCGUCCGAAGAGAAGAAACAGGAGGACGACGAUGACACGGGACCAAAACCAAUGCUGCCAUACUCCUCCAUGUUUAUAUUAUCUCCGACAAACCCUGUAAGAAGAGGGGCCCAUUGGGUGGUUAACCUGAGAUAUUUUGAUUUUUUCAUAAUGGUUGUAAUAUCUCUAUCGAGUAUUGCCCUUGCAACUGAGGAUCCGGUAGACGAGCACUCCAAAAGAAAUGAAGUAUUGAAUUAUUUCGAUUACGCGUUCACUGGUGUAUUUGCGAUAGAGAUGAUUCUCAAGGUUAUUGAUCUUGGAAUCAUGCUCCAUCCCGGCUCCUACUUGCGUGAGUUCUGGAAUAUAAUGGAUGCCGUUGUCGUCAUAUGUGCGGUUGUGUCAAUGGGCUUUGAAAUGGGUGGUGGAUCUGCUGGACAUUUAUCAACAAUUAAAUCACUUCGUGUACUGCGUGUACUUAGACCAUUGAAAACUAUAAAACGUGUGCCUAAGUUAAAGGCAGUGUUUGAUUGUGUCGUUAACAGUUUAAAGAAUGUCAUCAAUAUUCUCAUUGUGUAUAUAUUGUUUCAAUUUAUCUUCGCUGUCAUAGCGGUACAAUUGUUCAAUGGUAAAUUUUUCUAUUGCAACGAUGCGAGUAAAAGAACUGAAGCGGACUGCCAGGGUGAGUAUUUCAUCUUUGAGGAGGACCAACUACUGCCAACACCCAUGAAACGUAAAUGGCAGCCACAGAGCUUUCAUUAUGAUAACGUUAUGGCUGCCAUGCUGACGUUAUUUGCUGUACAAACUGGUGAGGGUUGGCCACAAAUUUUACAACACUCGAUGGCAGCAACUCACGAGAAUGAGGGUCCCAUUCACAAUUUUCGAAUAGAAAUGUCCUUAUUUUACAUCGUAUACUUCAUUGUAUUUCCAUUCUUCUUUGUAAACAUAUUCGUCGCCUUGAUCAUCAUCACAUUUCAAGAGCAAGGCGAGGCGGAAUUGGCAGAGGGUGAAAUUGAAAAAAAUCAGAAAUCCUGUAUAGACUUCACAAUAGGUGCUAGACCUUUGGAGAGGUACAUGCCGAACAAAAGAAAUAGCUUAAAGUACAAAAUAUGGAGGAUAGUAGUAUCAACGCCGUUCGAGUACUUCAUCAUGAUACUCAUCGUUUUAAAUACUCUUUUACUCAUGAUGAAGUAUCACGAGGCGCCGCCGAAUCUAUUGGAUGCCUUGAGCUACGUGAACAUGGUUGUCACCCUACUUUUCCUCAUUGAGUGCAUCCUUAAAGUCAUCGCAUUCGGAUGCAAGAAUUUCUUCAAAGACCCGUGGAAUACUUUCGACUUCAUCACGGUCAUCGGUAGCAUCGUGGACGCACUUGUAGUCGAAUUCGGGUGUAAUUUUUUAUGUCCCCUACAGGAAAACUUCAUCAAUGUCGGGUGUUUGAGGCUAUUUCGUGCUGCCAGACUGAUCAAAUUACUCAGACAAGGGUACACUAUACGAAUUCUUCUAUGGACAUUCGUACAAUCAUUUAAGGCGUUGCCCUAUGUCUGUCUUCUCAUCGCGAUGCUUUUCUUCAUCUACGCAAUCAUCGGAAUGCAGAUAUUCGGAAACAUAAAAAAUAUACCAUCAGAGGCGAUAGAAAGUCACAACAAUUUUCAGACUUUCAUCGGAAGUUUGAUGUUACUAUUCCGGUGCGCAACGGGCGAAGCAUGGCCGAGCAUUAUGCUGUCUUGUAUAAAAGGACGUACCUGUGAUCCUAAAGCGAAACAAGACGCCGACGGAUGCGGCUCAAAUUUAGCGUACGCCUACUUCGUCUCCUUCAUAUUUUUCUGCUCAUUUCUCAUGCUUAAUCUGUUCGUUGCUGUCAUCAUGGACAAUUUUGACUACCUCACGCGUGACUCAUCGAUACUUGGGGCCCAUCAUCUCGAUGAGUUUGUUAGAAUAUGGGCUGAAUACGAUCCCAAUGCAACUGGCAAGAUACAUUUUACGGAGAUGUAUGAUAUGCUGAAGAACAUGGAUCCACCUCUUGGGUUUGGUAACAAAUGUCCUAACAGACUUGCUUACAAGAAACUCAUUAGGAUGAAUAUGCCAGUGGACGAGGACGGCAAAGUUGCGUUUACAACGACUUUCUUUGCCCUGGUCAGGGAAAAUCUCAUUAUUAAAAUGCGAUCAGCGGAUGAAAUGGACCAAGCUGACGAAGAACUACGAGACACAGUGAGAGUCAUUUGGCCUCUCCAAGCGAAAAAGAUGUUGGACCUUUUGAUACCUAGGAAAGAAGAAUUGAAUAACGGAAAGUUGACCGUCGGUAAGAUAUACGCUGGCCUUCUGAUCCUCGAAAAUUGGAGGACAACGCGAUUCGGUCAGAUUGAGUCGACUGAUCCUCAGCGCUCUUCUUUCUUCACCUGCCUGAUGGACAUGGCUGGGGUUAAUCACGCUGGCAAUCAUCAUGGAAGCCGAUUAAACAGUCUUGAGCCACCGGUCGAUGGAAAAACAGACCUCGAGGAGCCCAAAGAGGAGGAGGGAGCCCUUGGGGUUCUUGCUGCUGCCGAGAAAAGACGUCAGCGUAGCAUCAGAAACAAAAAGGACCUUCAGGAUAUCAUAGUUAGUGAUUCGAGGGCAGGCAGUUUGGAAAGCCUCACGCAAGGGGAUAGGCUGCAUCCGCAACAUGUGCAGCAUCCGCCAAGACAUCAUUCACGUUCACCAAGUUUAAGAAGACACUCGCCCAUUCACAGAUCGCCAUCUCCAUCGCGACGAGCGCGAUUCGAUCAUCAUCACCAUCAACCGUACCACGAAGGACCUGGUUUCAGCGAUGCAGUCAGCAACGUCGUGGAAAUUCAAAGGCAUACACAUACACCCCAUCAUUCACAGUACAAUCAUCGUCACCGAAUAAGAGACUAUUACGACCACUGCGACUAUUACGACGAUGGUCCCUGGAGUGCCUCAACGAGUCCAGCGCGCUCACCAAGUCCAGUCCACCGUAUGGACCACCGUGGCCAUCACUACGGUACAACAUCACUGGAGCAGAGAUCACGAAGUCCAAGUCCAAUAGGUGGACGUCAAUCGAGCCACCACCGUCAUCCCCAUCACCACCACCAUCCCCACCAGCACAGUUACCCAGUGCUGGUGACAAGACGUGGCCAGGGUAGAAGAUUACCACCAACGCCAAACAAACCAUCCACACUCCAGUUAAAACCAGCGAACAUUAAUUUUCCAAAGUUGAAUGCUUCACCGACCCACGGUCCCCACAUGGCCCAGCACGUUACACCAGGUGGAAUUCUAGCUCCAACUCAUGUUCCAACAGCAUCCGGUGUACAUGUGCCAAGUAUGUCAGCAAUGUCGAGUCACUGUCCCCUGAGCUUCGAGCAAGCCGUUGCAAUGGGACGCGGUGGACGUUUACUACCAAGCCCAGUCCCCAAUGGCUACAAACCGCAACCAAGUGCACCCCAAAAACAAAGAACACCAAGAUCCAGGCACUCAGACAGCGACGAGGAUGACUGGUGCUAGCCAAUGUGGGACCCUGGACGGUGGUCCAGUGAUGUGGACGCUAAUUCUAGGGGCCUCAAGGUCUGUGCGUGACACCACAGGGACCGGUUUAUUUAUUUAUCCAUCUCAUCACAUUGUCAUUUUAUCAUUCAAGUGGACAAACAAAAAUAUUAUAAUAACCAUAUCCUUACGCACGCUUGUCUCAUUGGCGUUGAAAGCCGACCAGAAGGGCUCAUCAAAUACAUUUUCUUUCCUCUUCUUCUCUCUCUAUUUAACGGGUUUCUACGUUUUAUUGUAUCACUCAGUUUUAAUAAUGCCAUUUCGCAUGAGUCGGGAUAUUUAUCCUUACGUGGACAUUCCCAAUUCUGUAUAUACGUGAUAUAAUAUGUAUAUAUGCGUAUACGUAUUUGUGAAGGUAGAGCCAAUUUGAUGAAUUAAGGUGUUUAUGAAUUUUCAAAGGGGGAAGGGGGAGGGCAACUCGAGGCGUAUCGAGUUCUAAGGGAUUUUUUGUGAUUUAGGUCCAACCGUUUUGCCCCUCCGCCCUCCCCCAUCCCUCCCCACCAUCCCCCACCCCCACCAUUUACGUCACUCCAUUACACCCAUUACACUUUGCCCGUUUCGUGAAAUAAAUACGGGGUACUUUUUUAUACAAUAAAUUCACACAUCGAGAGAUCCCAGUGGCUUCAACGGAUUGGACCGUGAUAUUUUAAUUAAUCGUUCUGUUUUAGAUAAUUAUUUGAUUUAUGGAAAGGGGUAUCUGCGAUGCGCCUCGAGUUGCCGGAUUUCCUCGUUAAUACGGAAUAGUGUGAGCCGGAUUCUCACGCGAAGAGUUUAAAUAAUAAUAAAAAUUGAAAUAAAAAAAAAAACCGAUAAUCGUGUCAGUGACGCGUCUCCGAUUAUCGUACUGGAUAAAUAUAAAUUAAGGUAUUAAUGAUAAUGGAUAUGUGGUAAGGGAUGAACAAAUCGAAUGAACAUAAAGUGCUUAUGAUAAAUAAAACAAAGACUCUAUUAAAAAAUUUUUUCUCCGCGUAAUUUAAUAGGUUAAAUGAUACACUGCCGGCUCACCGGGGCCUGUUUUACCGCUCAAUUGGUGAAUUUUCAUUGAUAAAUGGGGAUCGGAAGACGGCCUCGGUGAACGGAAAAACAAUUUCAAGUAAAACAUUUAAAAAAUGAUGGAUAAUACUGAACGUCGAGGGAUUGAGGGCGACGGACAUUGUAUUUAUGCGAUUCGCAUCGUUUAGAUAUCACUCUCGUGUUUUCACUACACUUUCAUGAAGAAAAUUGAGGAAAAUAAAUAAAAAAAAUUAAUUAACAUGAUGUCCUUUUUAGAAUCCUUAGUGAGCGAUGGAGUGUAUCGGGUUGUGAAUAUCAUUUUUUUUAUAAUAUAAAUAAUUUAUGUGUGUUAAAAU